CCCGCUGCCGGCCGGGGAUGCGCGCUCGGGGCUGCGGGCUCUCGGCGCUGCUGCUGCUGCUGCUCCCGCUGGCUCCGGGGCCGCUGCUCGGCCGGGCUGGCCCCGGGGCGUUGUCCGAGCUGCGGGUCCGGGUGCGGCUGCCCGAUGGGCAGGUGACGGAGGAGAGUCUGCAGGCGGACAGCGACGCCGACUGCAUCAGCCUGGAGCUGCGCAAAGGGGACGGGACCCUCGUCACCCUCACCGCCGACUUCCGACAGGAGGUGAAGAUUUUCCGUGCUCUGAUCCUGGGGGAGCUGGAGAGGGGCCAAAGCCAGUUCCAGGCGCUCUGCUUUGUCACACGGCUUCACCGCAAUGAGAUCAUCCCCAGCGAGUCCAUGGCGAAGCUGCGGCAGAAAAACCCCAAGACGGUGCGGCAGGCGGAGGAGGUGCGUGGGCUGGAACAUCUCAACAUGGACGUAGCGGUCAACUUCAGCAAAGGGGCUCAGCUGAGCCCCCACAUUCACAACAUCUGCUCAGAGGCCAAAGAGGCUAUUUACACCCGAGAAGAAGACGUUAAAUUUUGGCUGGAGAAAGGGGUGGAUGGCUCCAUGUUCGAGGUCUUGCCCCAGUCGGCCGACCUGCCCGACCUGCAGCGCUGCAAGCUGUGCUUGGACCGCUGGAAGCCCUGCAUUUGCAGCUACUCGCUGAGCAUCGAGUGGUACCCCUGCAUGCUCAAGUACUGCAAGAGCCGCGAUGCCAGCGGCAAGGUCUCCUCCUACAAGUGCGGCAUCCGCAGCUGCCAGAAGGGCUACGGUUUUGACUAUUACGUGCCGCAGAAGCAGCUGUGCCUAUGGGACGAGGAGACCUAGCAGGCCCUGGCCAGGCCUUUCCAAGCGGCAUCUCUUCUGCCUCCCGCUGUGACGCUCUGCCUGCCUGGAUGGGGAGACGGGCCAUGGAGGUGCCUUGUGCCAUGAAGGAUUUGUGUAUGCCUCUUUCCUUCCCACUCCCCUGGGGCCCCUAAUGCUGCCUCAUACUGUGAAAAUUGGCUCCGCUUGCCAUGCAUUAAGAGUGCCCUGCCCACCUCCUAUGGGCAUCGCUCACCUAUGGCAAUUUGGGACCGGAAGGAGGCGGGGGAGGAGCUUUCGUGGGGGGAAGGGGUUCAUUUUGAUCUAGCCGGUUUGCCCAGCUCUGGGGAAGAGACGGACUAGCUGGGGUGUCGAUGCCAGGAUAGAGCCUCUUCAAGGGCGGAGCCAUUUUAACUGUAGCCUCUCAACCACCAAAAUGUGACCCUGGUGUUUUGUCUUAAAAAAACCCAGCCACCAGAGGGGGUGGAGCGCCGACCCCUUCCCUGCCUCUUCAACCUUCCAGCGACACCAGAGCAGCAUUGGCCACCAAAGGGGGCCAGAUGGUUUGUGGGGUCACGCCUAAGCAAGGGGUGGUCCAAGGCCCACAAAUCAAGAGCCCUGCUGUGGUUAGUCCUAGUGUCACAUUGGAUGUUGCCCCCUCCCCCUGGCUGGAGGAGGGAAUGGUAUGUAGCAGGAGCUGCUGUAAACCCCACCUCAGCCCCUAAAAAGUGAAGGGCUCUAAGUAGUCUCUGGUUUGGCUUGUUCUCAUGACCCAUCCCUGCUGGGGAUUAGGCUCCUGCGUCCCACUUGCUUCCUAUUAAGAAAGAUCCGU